AUGCGCAACCCGCCCCUACUUAAUCGAAUGUCAACAACGUCUUUUGUUCUUCUCACCAAUUCUACUGUCAAAUGCCACACUUGAAUCGAAAAGCUCCCCCGGGGCUAUCAUUCAUAUGCGCAAAUUAUGCUGACUUCCAAGAAGCCGUUUCUGGCUGAUGAAGAGUUGGGGAAGAAGGACGACGACUAUCGACUACAGAAGCGCUCGCAUUUCUGGCACCCAUCGAAGCGAUGGAAGCUACCUCGGCCGCGGCGGAUUCUAUUUGGAGUGAUUACGUUGUAUUUGCUGUAUCUAUUUUUUAGAAAUAUGCCUACCGAUCUUUCUCCCGCUCCAGAGCGAUUUAACCCUGCACUUACGGAAGUGCGACAAAGACCUGGAAUAUCAUGGUCCCCUUCCGUACCAUCGCCCGCCAUCCCUCAACAAAGCCCUCCUUCACGGGAUGAGCUUGCGCCUGGUGGGGACCUUUACUAUGAGGGCAAAAUCCAUUUCAACGAUCUUGGUAAAACCUUGUAUAGGUUUCUCAAAUUACCGGGCGCCCAAGGCUUGCUUGCCAGUCGUGCAGUUGUCUUCGCAGGCGCCAGCCUGAAAAGCAUCUCGGAUCUUCUCCCUCUCGCUUGCAAGAUGGCUAAUCAGCGGGAUAAUGAAGUCCACUUCGUGUUUAUGGGGAGGGAUGACGUCUCAAUUGAAGGGAUCCAGCGCGUGAAUGGCAUAGACGACGGUGACUGUCCUAUCAAUUGGCAUGAUGGCCGAGCAGAUUACGCUCAGUGGUCGACAGAUGCCCGCAUGGAGAGGGCCAUUGUAUCCGGUUUAAGCUAUGUGCAAGCUUUUCUAUCUCCACAGGCAAUUAUCACUCAAGGAAAUUCACUGGAAGAAGCCUUUUUCUUACAAGGCGUUGUGAGGGGGACGCAGGAUCUUUGGAUGACCCAUAUUGCGCUUCCUACCGCUGCCAGACACCUUAUGUGGAUGUCUUUCCUAGAUAGUCACUCUCUUCAAGCGUGGAAUGAUUUCCACAUCGAGAUUCUGAUUCAAGCCCCUCCCGAAUCAUCUGGAUCUCUUAUCAGGUUGAUUCACUCAUUGAAAGAUGCAGACUACCUUGGAUCGAUUCCCAGUUUGACUAUUGAACUUCCCCAUGACGUGGAUUCGCAGCUUCUUCAGUAUUUAAGGACGAUGAAAUGGCCCCCUCACAUGUCGAGUAAGGUUACUCUCCGUCGACGUAUACGGGCAGGCGCCAUGGAUGCAGCCGAAGCUUCUCUGAGAACCGCAGAGGCUUUCUAUCCCCAAGAUCCAAAUACGACUCAUGUGCUCAUGCUCUCCCCGCAAACAGAGUUGUCGGCUUCUUUCUACCACUACCUUAAGUAUAUCGCAUUGAAGUACAAAUACGCGGCAACUGCGGAAAAAACGGCAUCGAAUUUACUUGGCGUUUCAUUAGAGCUCCCAUCCUCGCUUCCUACUAAAAGCGAAUUGUUCAACCCCGAUGCUAUUGAUACUAGUCAUAUCCCGUACCGCGGUGACGGAGAGACUAUAUCCGUCUCACUGCGGCAGGUUCCGAACAGUAACGCAGCAUUGUAUUUUGGAGAUAAGUGGAUUGAGCUCCAUUCUUUUCUUUCUGACCGGCUUGCCGAUGAAGAAUCUACAUCCCACGAAAAGAUUAUCUCAGAAAAGUACCCAGCUGUGAUGGAAUCUUUACUGGAGUUAAUGCGUGCAAGAGGCUAUUAUUUACUCUAUCCAGAUGCUAAGGAUACUCGGUCCCUAGCAAAUGUCCAUGAUGAUUUGGUUCAAAUUCCGGAAGAGUUCUCUCAAGAAAGCUAGACGAAGUUCACCAAGCCUGGCCCUAUUCCAAAAGAUGAUCCAUCCAGCGGAGCACUGGCCCAAUUAUUUCCUUUAAAUUAUCUUAGUGCUUGAAUGAUUACUGAUUUAGGUCAACUCUAAUAGUAUACAAAGUCGUAGCUUAGCUACGUGCCUUUAA